GAAGAUCAAGAAAAAUAACAACAUGUCUGUGAAAAAGAAACUUGCCGAAUUAUCUGAAAAUGAGACUAAACUCUUUGACAAACUACUUAAAGGUACGUUUGAGGAGAUUCAAUGUUUAUUGAAAGAAAAAGAUGUAAGGGUUGACUGUCUAGACAAGACGGGCAUGACACCAUUACAACAUGCUGCAUUUAGAGGGAAGAAAGAAUUGUGUGAAUUAUUUUUAGCACAUGGAGCUGAUGUCAACAGUAAUUAUCAUGACAAUAAUUACAGCACAUUGAUGUUUGCAGCACUUUCAGGAAAUGUGGAGGUAACCAGAAUGAUGUUACAGGCUGGCGCCAAUAUUCACCAGAUUAAUUCUGUUAAUAAAACAGCAACCCAGAUGGCAGCAUUUGUUGGUCAACAUCAAUGUGUGUCUGCUAUCAAUAAUUUUUUUCCACGAUCAGAAUUAGAAUAUUACACUAAACCACAAGGUUUAGAAACAGAAGGUAAAUUACCACUAGAAACAUUAGAACCAUUAUUAGGUCUGGUCAAUUCUGUUAAUCUACACCCUGUUAAGGUAUCAAUGUAUUUACGUGAUAAUAUGAUACUAGUCAAUGAAUCCUAUAAAGUAUGUAAAGUAUUAGAUAUAUUGGUAGAGAAGAAUAUGAAGGCUAGAGAUACUAAUGAUGUUAUGGCCGUUAAACUACAUUAUUUCACUACUAUUAUACGCCUAGCUAGAAAAUCUCAUGAUGACAAAAAUGAUAAUCUUCAAUUCUGGAUAAAAAGUUUAGUGAAGGGACGUGAUCAAGAUGGUUUCCCUGAGUUUGCUGAAAGAGUAGUUCGUCAGUCAUUAAAAGAGUUUCCCUAUGUUGAUUCACAAUUAUUCCAGACUUUGGUUAGACAGAUAUCUUCAGUUAAAAUUGGUGAUACACCAACAGCUCUAUCAUCACUAAUAGCUGGUGUUAAUGGUAAUCAGUUUGCUAUGGCUGAAGAUGUUUGUGCUACUUGUGGUGAAAGAAAUGCCGUCAAAUCUUGUUCAGUUUGUAAAUAUCUUCAAUAUUGUGGUCAGCCUUGUCAAAAACUUCACUGGUCUACUCAUAAAAAAUUCUGUAAAACAUUAGCACUGGUUUACAAGAAAAAUCAAGAAAUGAUGGCAAAAGAAAAAGCUAAGCAAAAAAGAAGAAGAAUUAGAAAAAAGUAA